AUGGGCCUCAGGACGACUAAACAGAUGGAGAGAAGCACCAAGCAGGCCCCUGGGCACCAAGAGGAUCAUUUGGCAAAGGAACCAGUGGAAGACACAGACCCUAGCACUAUAUCCCUUAAUACGUCAGACAAGUAUCCCAUUCAAGACACAGGACUCCCUAAAGAAGAGGAGUGUGAUCCAAUUACUUUGAACUGCCCAGCAAAUUCCGAUGUGCAGCACCAGGGAGAAGAAAAUGGCUUUCGAGACAGUACUGGAGACCCCCUUUCAGAUGUGAGCAAGGAUGCGUCCUGCGCGGAGACCUGUUCCUGUCCCUCCUGUGCGCUCCGAGUCCCCACCAUCAGCGACUUGCUCAACGACCAGGACUUACUAGAUGUGAUCAGGAUAAAGCUGGAUCCCUGUCACCCAACAGUCAAAAACUGGAGAAAUUUUGCGAGCAAGUGGGGCAUGCCCUACGACGAGCUCUGCUUCCUGGAGCAGCGACCCCAGAGCCCCACCCUGGAGUUCUUGCUCCGGAACAGUCAGAGGACGGUGGGCCAGCUGAUGGAGCUCUGCCGGCUGUACCACCGGGCCGACGUGGAGAAGGUGCUGCGCAGGUGGGUGGACGAGGAGUGGCCCAAGCGGCGGCGUGGAGAGCACCCCAGGAACUUCUAG